GCGUCAGAAAGCCAGCUUAAACACGUGAAGCUUCCUGUGCUUUCUGAGGGAGCAAGGCAGUCGUCGGUAAGCCGAACGACGACACCGAGGUAUUACAAGAGAGACUACAGCAUUGAUCAUUCGUUCGUUUGCUAGUACCUCUCCCCAUAAGUACUCCUUGCCUCUACAUUUUUUGAACGCACGGCGAGCUUGGAACAACGGCUUAAAUUAUCUACAGCCAGCCUAGACAGCACCCCAAAACAAAGACAAGAUGAUGUCUGCUGCCUCUCUCGUGUCUCGACGAGGCUUGCCUCUCAUUAGCAGGCAAUUCGUCCGAACACGCGUAUCCAGCGCUACCUCAGUAUGGAAGGGAACGCUCAAGGAAGGCACCGGCUCGACUAGUGUGGCAUCCGGUGGAUUUAAGGAACUGGUAUUUGGCGCCUUUCUGAAAUUGGUUUGGUGGAUCAUUUAGACGUCUUGUUUCGAGGUAUCGAAGAGGAUGACUUACCAUAGGAAUCAUUUCAGUACUGUGUCUGAAAGAACAAUAACAAUUUGUUAGUCUAUGCAUACUCUGCGGCAACCACUCCAUCUCCAGGAGUACUCUUUCGCGUCAAGAUUUGAGGCUGACGAAAGCAAGACGAACCCAGAAGAGAUGAUCGGCAGUGCUAUAUCAGGAUGCUAUUCGAUGUUCCUCGCUGCCCUUCUAACCAAAAAAGGCCUCACCCCGGAUGCGGUACUAUAAUUGGAAUCAAUCUACCUGUGACAUCGUUGGAUGAAGCAGUUUACUUAUAUGCGAUCCAGGGCUCAGGGCUACGGUACCCCCCUAGCGCAGGGGGGGGUAGCGUGCAGCCCCGGGCCCCUUUUGAAGGCGUCUGCCGGGGGUGGAAGGCCUCAAAAGGGGUCCCGGGGACCUUCUCCGCUCCCUUCCGGCUGCCUGGCUGUACCCUACAGACCCCGAUGUAGGUGGAAGGCUCCAAAAGGGGCCCAAGGGACCGCCUCCGCCCCGUUCCAGCUGCCUGCGUGUGCCCUACAUGCCUCCGAUAUGCUUCGCCGCCGCAGCAGUGCGCCGGGUGUGGGAGGCCUCUGAAGGCGGCAAAAGGCGAGGGGCUUGACCCCCUGAGCCGUGCGGCCUGUACCCUCCGGGCCCUGGGUCAUCGGCUUGCUUGCUCUUGAGACCGUGGCCGCCUCCGGCGGCCUGGAGACCUCCAGCCUGCAAGGGUCAGCAGAGGGCAAGAGGUCCCUAAGGAACAUGGAGAGAGGCGCAAGGGGACGCCCGCGCCCGGUUUUGACGCCUUCCACCACUAGAAUCCGCGAAAAUCAGCGCGGAAAAGAGCGCGCGAGCGCCAGCGCCGACCAUACCGCAGGGGGGGCGUGCAGCCCUAAAACAUGUGUCUUUAUUACGUCCAUACUUCUUGAGAGUAGAGGCAUCCUGAAUACUUAUGAUUAUCUUGGUGAAGGUGGACUUAAGCAAAUAUUUUUUUUGAGCACUUCUAUGUAUUAAUUUCUCGGAGUUGUUCUCAGUCUCUGUAAAAUAAUGUGAUCCACCCUGCUCAGAUUACAACCACCGCAACCGUUACGUUGGGUGAAGGUCCGCUUGUGACGAGCAUAAAGCUGACCACCGAGGGCAAGUUAAGGCGCUGAAUUGAUUUCUGAAUUUUUAUGAGAUUCUGUACAACGAACCAUACUUGAGAUGGAGUCAACAUGAUUUGUGCAAAUUUGAAAAGAAAAGAGCUUUUGAGACUUUUGCGGAAUUCAAGAAAUGACUUCAAGAACGGGAGCACGCGCAUGAACAUUUCUUUGAGUAAAUAGGAGCUUUUCAUCUAAGAAAGUGCUCGGGGGUAGACGCCGCGACCUUCGAAGAAUUGGCGCAAGAGGCCAAAGCGGGCUGCCCCAUCAGCAAAGCGCUUGCGAGCGUUCCGGAAACUACUCUGGAAGCAAAACUGUUGUGA